CUAUGAGUUGCUGCAUUCACCCUCACCUUACCUUCUCCAAUUCGCUCUCUGUUUAGUAGCCACUGCGUCGCGCAAGAACGCAAGCACAAGGAAAACACCAGCAGCGACAUGCCUCCAAUUCCACCUUCCGCGCAGCGGCGUGGGCCGUCGUGGAUUGAUAAAAUGAAAAUGGGGAUGUUGAUGGGCGGAACUGUCGGGGGCAUUAUGGGCUUUAUCUACGGUACCGUGACGAUCUUUCAAUACGGCGCAGGUCAAGCUGGUGUAAUGAGGACGCUGGGGAAAUACAUGCUGGGGUCGGGCACUAUGUUUGGGCUCUUCAUGGGUAUUGGAAGCAUCAUUCGAACAGACUCACCUCAAAUGGCAUCAGCAGUAUGGGCACGAUCACGAUACCCGCCUCUUGUUCACCCACGACGAGAUCAACUGUCAAUCAAGUCCCGAUGAUUCAAACUGCGGUAAUGGAGAGAGACAAGAGUAUGGCGACGACUCAUUGUACAUACCCAUAAUGAAGAGAACUGGACUUGGAAAAGUUGAUUGAUCACGGACGAGAGCGAUACCCAUUACUGACAUAAUAAACGGUGCAAAGGCCACCAAUUUGCCAUUUCUGGCCACGACACUGAGAUGAAUACAUACAUUUGCUGGCUUAAGCUCUCACUCCCAACCACACUCAACAACGUCGGGUGGCAGUCCAUGAUCACUCGCACCUCAUUUUACAUCGACGCUAAAAGGCAUCCCGUGCCGAGUCUAGGUGAAAUUGCUCCUUUCUAAUGCCUUUUUUGUCUCGAGUGACACUCAUGCCGGGCCAUUGCUUGAGCUACGAUGGGCUGCAUCUCCAGAGAGGUAUUUUGAGGAUCGUUGCAUUUAGUCGUCUUGGAUGUUACAACAGCCACUGGCAUCUUCCGCUGAAGCUGACGCUCAGGGUAUGGACGCUUAAAGCAUCAAACCAGAAACAAUCGCUCGCAACCACUCGCUGUUCCAGUGGGACGGCUGUCAUUAUCUAAUCUUGAAACUCAACAAAAUGAUUGUACAUUGGCCCGUGGAUAGCAUUACUGCUACCCAUUCAGCCCGAUAUCAACACCCAAAGUAAGAAGAAUAUCUGGGAUCGUUAGACGUCAAGCUGAGACAACCGGGGGGGAUUGCUAACUCACCAUGAGAACACCAAACAUUUUAGCAACCAG